CCCCUCCCCCAUUCAUGCUCUGUCUCUCUCUGUCUCAAAAAUAAAUAAACAUUAAAAAAAAAUUAAAAAAAAAAUAAAUUCCUAGUUGUGUUUCUUUCCUUUUUUUUUUUUUUUUUUUUAAGUUUGUUUGUUUUUUUAAGUAAUCUCUGCACCCAACCUGAGUUUCAAACAACCCUGGGAUCAAGAAUUGCAUGGUCUUCUGACUGAGCCAUCCAGGCACCCUCUGGUUGUUUCUUGAACAAAGUUUUCCACGUGUUUAGACAUUUUAAAUGAACAUUAACUAUUGUCCCUCCAUUCAUUAAGCCGUUUAAAAAAAAUACAAAAUAACUUGCUUUUCCACUUGGGUCCCGAUUUUUUUUCUCUCUCUAGUAGUUGAGGACCUCUCAUAAAAACAAGUGCCCUGCCUUCUACUUUUAAGACUGGUGGAAGAGUUAUGGAGACCAAGAAAUUCUACCUUUCCAUUUCUCAUCAAGGAUGUUACUUAUAGGUGUCUUUCAGGUUGCAGAAAAGAUGGAAAAAAGGACAUGUGCACUCUGCCCCAAAGACUCCGAGUAUAGUGUCCUAUACAUUGCAAAAAAAGAGACUAUAGCUGCUCAUGAAAAUUGUUUGCUGUAUUCUUCAGCACUUGUGGAAUGUGAGGACCAUGAUCCAAGUAAUGACGACAGAAGUUUUGAUGUGGAGUCAGUAAAGAAAGAAAUCCAUAGAGGAAGGAGGUUGGCGUGCGCAUUCUGUAAUAAAAGAGGAGCCACCGUGGGAUGUGAUAUAAAAGCCUGUCUCAAGAGUUACCACUUUUUCUGUGCCAAGAAUGCCCACGCAGUUCUACAAACCGAUAGAUCUCGAGGAAUUUAUAAAGUGUUCUGCCAACAACAUGCUGCACUGAAAGACACUCAUGAUGGAAAGUCUCUGUCUGGUAUUUCCCCUUCUCACUACAAGCAGAAGACCAACCGAGGAUAUGUUUCAACUGAUUUUUCAGGACUGAAAAGAAAAAGAGGAAGAAAGAAACGCCUCUCAACAGGCGUUCCUGUACAGCCAUCUGAAACAAUGACACUCAAUAGAUUCAUACAAGAAAUGAAGGAAGAGGACAGCAGACACACAGAUGCAAUUAGAUCAAGUGUGAAAACUGAUUUUCUUAAGAAAUGUAAGAAAGUGGGGCUUCUUGAUGAUUUAUUUGAAGAAAUAUUAGACAAACUUCAUUUGAUUCAAGAAAGACUCAUGGAUGAGACUGCUUCCGAAUCAGACUAUGAAGAAAUUGGGACUUCACUUUUUGACAGUAGAUUGUUUGAAGACACAUUUGUAAAUUUUCAAACAGCAAUAGAGAAUAAAAUUGAUCAAUGUGAAGAAAGGCAGAAGCAACUGAAGGAAGAGAUUGAAGGACUUCAGGACUUAAAAAAAACCUUGCGGUCUCUUCAAGAAGAUAGAGAACUUAGGUCAAGUUCUACUUCAGUAUCUUCCGGGUCUUCUAAGGAUUACUAUUUCCUGGGCCAGGAAUGAGGCUCAGCUGCAAGCAGGCUGCGAACGGAAGAUCUAACCUGUGGAAGCCACACAUCUUUAGACCCACGCCUCUCAGGUCUCUCUGGUCCUCAAACUUCAAUCCUCAUCAACUCUUACCUGUUCCUACAUUUCAUGCCUGACUGGGUAUUUACUGCCUCCCUCUUAUCAUCUCACUUCUGUUCUCCAACAAAAUGUUUCUCAGAUUCUACUUGAGUAAAUUAGAUUAUACCUCCCAUCUUUCCCACCCUCUGCCCUGAAAGUCCGAUGGUGGCUUCAUGCUGGUGCAUUGCCUCCCAUGCUUCCCCCACUCCAGUGAUCUAAGUUGACUUCAAUAACAUACAAGAUGCUCCUGGAAGUAAAGGCUCCCCCCAGGGCCUUUGCUUGUCCUGCUGUGAAGCCUUAACUAUUAACUACUCUGUUUCCUUUCUCUGCCUGUUCUGCCUGCAGAUCUCAUUACACCAGUUCUACCCCUUCUUCCCUCUGAGAUCACUUCCCAAGGUAACCCAUUGUAUCUUACAUCCCACCAUUAGGGUAUAAAUUCUGAGGGCAAAAUCUCACUAUUCCUGUGAUUUGCUCUCAACACAUUCCCAGCACCUAUGAUGCUCAAUAAAUGCAUAAACUGUUAUUAUCCUUUGAGACUAGUUCCAGCUCAUAAUGACUCAGAUAAAGUAAAUUUGAAUAUUUUACUCCACUUAUACCAAAUUUACCUGUCAUCACAAAGUCUGCUUUUUAUUUUUGGGUUUUUUAAGUUUGUUUAUUUGAGAGAGUGCGCGUGCAAGGGAGGGGCAGAGAAAGAAUGAGACAGAAUCUCUAGCAAGCUCCACGCUGUCAGCACAGAGCCAGAAGUGGAGCUCACACUCACGAACCGUGAGAUCAUGACCUGAGCCAAAAUCAAGAAUCAGACGCUUCACUGACAGUCACACAGGUGACCCGACAAAGUCUGCUUUUUAAAUUUCUUUUUGGCUGCAGUCACUACAUGGGGGUAUAUCAUCUUUAAAAUAAGUAUUUCAAUUUAAAAUGACCACAAAAGAACAUCAGCGGGAAUACACAAGAAUGAAAAACAAUCACUAAGACUUUUCUCUGACAAAACAAUUUGGAUUGUUAUGCACCAAAUCUGAUCCCUGAAAACCUGACAUUCAUAUUUCUUUUUACCACACUACUCUGAUACACAAUAAUGCCACAUUGCAAAAUGAGUUUGAUCCAAGUCCCCAGCAUGGUGUCUCACACGUUUUAAGUACUCAAAAAAUAUCCACUGAAUGAAGAAUAGGAUAUAGGUGAAAAGUACAUGUCCAUUCCUGUUUUAAGGGCAACCCUAGCUGAAUUCAUAAUUACCUGAGUGACAUGUCAAAAUCUAAAUCUAGUGGCUUUUAAAUUCAGCUGCACAUCAGAAUCACCCAAGCAUUUAAGAAACUACAGGAGGGAGUCAAGGAAGAUAGCAGAUUAGGAAAGAUCCUGAGCUCACCUCCCAGGGACACACCAAGGCAACAAGCAUAUGUACCACAACUCUCUGUGAAAACAACCUGAAGACUGGCAGAACAGGUCUUCCACCGAUAGACCUAAAGGGUAGGAGGAGGGGUGCUUGCCUGGCUCAGUCAGUUAAGUGUCUGACUCUUGAUUUGCGCUCAGGUCAAGAUCUCACAGUUCCUAAGUUCAAGCCCCGUGUCGGGCUCCACAUUGACAGUAUGGAGCCUGCUUGGGAUUCUCACUCUCCUCUCUCUGUCCCUCCCCUGCUCGCAUACACACACACACUCUCAGAAUAAAUCAAUAAGAAUUAAAGAAAAAAGGGGAAGAGGGGGAGAGACACAGUCAGUAGCCACACCCCUGGUAUGACUACCCACUAAAUAGUAGAGACAUCUUAGGCACAAAGGAGCAGGGGUCCCAGGCCCUAAAUUGGGCACCCCCCACCCUGGGGAUCCACACUGUAAAGGCAGGUUCCUCUUUGAAAAUCAGCAGGGCUGAAUUCUGGGAGCUUUUAAAAACCAAUGGGGCUUAACUUGGGGAGAGCCAGAGAGCUAUACGAAAUGGAGUCUCUGCCCUUAAAUGGCCAGCACACUGAAUGACGACCUAAGACACUGCACAAUUCAGUGGUCUGGAAAAUGCCUGGGAUACAGCUAACGAUUUAGUGACUGACUUUAGGAUAUGUGCCAGAGGGGCAGGGAUCUGCAGAAUUCGUUUGUUCUCCAGGAACAGAAGUGUUUGCUGGUGUUUUCCUUGCCUUCCCCAGCCCUAGACAGCCAGAGGCUUUCAGGAGUCAGUUCUGACACUCUCCGUCUACCUUGCCAUCACCAUGUACCCUGCCCCUACGUUCUCCUGAGGAACCUAUCCAUCCAACCCAUCUGCCCCACACACACCUGCACUGCCACAUCCAGCAGUGUGUUGUUCACUUACAUAACUAGUAAAAAUUGGCCAAGGGGUACACAAAAUAAAAACAUGUGAAAUAGGACAUCAUGUACAUAAAACACGGAAGAGGCAGUAAAAAUUUAGCGCCGUUGUGUGUCUGAACUGACCAUCAACUCAGUAUAGACUGCUAAACACAUGGGAUGUUACAUGAGAACCCCCUGGGGUAACCACAAAUCAAAAACCUAUAAUAAAUACACAAAAAAUAGAUUGGAAUCCAAGCAUGACACUAAAGAAAGUCAUCAAACCACAUGGGAAAAGAGCAAGAGAAGAAGAAAGAAACAGAACUACAAAAACAACUAGAGAACAAUUAACAAAAUGCCAAGGAGUACAUACCCACCAAUAAUUAAAUGUAAAUAGACUAAAUGCUCCAAUCAAAAGAGUGAAUGAAUGGAUAAAAAAAAAAAACAAAAAAACAAAAAACAAGACCCAUCUAUAUGCUGCCUACAAGAGACUCACUUCAGACCUAAAGACACAUACAGACUGAAGGUGAAGGGAUGAAAAAAUAUUUAUCUUGCAAAUGAAAGUAAAAAGGCUGGGGUAGCAAUACUCAUAUAAGCAGGGAAGGGACCGAGACAGAGGGAGAGAGAGAAUCCCAAGCAAGCUCCACACUCAGUAUGGAGCCCAGUGCGGGGAUCAAUCUCACAACAGUGACAUCAUGAUGUGAGCCAAAAUCAAGAGCUGGAUCCUUAAGUGACAGCCACCCAAGUGCUCCACCAAGCCACCUCAGAUAAAAUAGACUUUAAAGCAAAGACUGUCACAAGAGACAAAAAGGUCAUUACAUAAGGAUAAAGGGAUCACUCUCGUAAGAGGAUAUAACAAUUUUAAGUAUUUAUAUACCUAACAUAAAAACACCUGAAUAUAUAAAGCAAAUACUAACAGACAUAAAGGAAAAAGUUGACUGCAAUACAUAACUGUAGGGGACUUUAACACCCCACCUAGACCAAUGGAUACCUUGCUCACUGAGACAGAAAAUCAGUAAGGAAACAGUGGCUCUGAAUGAUACAUGAGACCAGAUGGACUUAACAGACAUAUACAUAACAUUCCAUUUAAAACUGCAGAAUACAUAUUCCAGUGCACAUGGAACAUUUUCCAGGACAGAGCACAUGACAGGUCACAAAAAAGCUUUCAUAAAUUUAAUAAGACUGAAAUCAUAUCAAGUGAAGUUAUCAAGUGAAAUUAUACCAAGGAUGUAUCACAAAUUAUAUCCAACCAUACGAGACUAGAAAUCAAUUACAAGACAAGUGGAAGAAACACAAACAUGUGGCAGCUAAAUAACAUGUUACUAAACAAGGUAUCAACAAAAAAAAUCAAAGAGAAAAUAUACCUGGAGGCAAAUGAAAAUGGAAACAUGGCAAUCCAAAAUCUUUGGGACACAGAAAAAGCAGUUCUAAGAGGGAAGUUUAUAGCAAUAUAGGUCUACCUCAAGAAACAAGGAAAAUCAACAAUUUAACUUUACACAUAAUGGAACUAGAAAAAGGAGAACAAAGCCAAAACUUAGCAGAAGGAAGAAAAUAAUAAAGAUCAGAGAAGAAAUAAAUGAAAUAGAGACAAAAAAAAAAAAAAAAAAGAAAAGUUCAAUGAGACUAAGAGCUGGUUCUUUGAAAAGACAAACCAAACUGAUAAACUUUUAGCCAGACUCAUCAAGAAAAAAAGAAGACUCAACACACCUGUCAGAAUGGCUCACAUUAACAACUCAAGUAACAACAGAUAUUGGCGAGGAUGUGGAGAAAGAGGACCUCUUUUGCAUCAUUGGUGGGAACACAAGCUGGUGCAGCCACUCUGGAAAACAGUAUGGAGGUUCCUCAAAAAAUUAAAAAUAGAACUACCCUAUUACCCAGCAACUGCACUACUAGGUAUUUAUCCAAGGGAUACAGCUAUGCUGUUUCGAAGGGGAUACAGGCACCCCAAUGUUUAUAGCAGCAUUGUUGACAAUAGCCAAAAUACAGAAAGAGCCCAAAUGUCCAUCAAUGGAUGAAUGGAUAAAGAAGAUGUGGUGUAUAUAUACAGUGGAGUAUUACUUGGCCAUCAAAAAGAAUGAAAUCUUGCCAUUUGCAAUUAUGUAGAUGGAACUAGAGGUAUUAUGCUAAGCGAAGUAAGUCAGAGUAAGACAAAGUAUGACUACACUUAUAUAAACAAUCUAAAAAACAAUGAACAAACAACAGAAAAGAGAAACAAACUCAUUAAUAUAGGAUGACUGCCAGAGAGGAGGGGGACAGGGAGACAGGCAAAAUAGGUGACAAGGAUUAAGAGG